AUGAAGUGCCGAUCCGUGGCGUGUCUAUGGCCGAUCACGCCGCCGAGUCACAGAAUUACUGCCGCGGCGGUUCUGAACCAUCCCCCGACGCUCUACACCGGCGGAUCAGAUGGCUCCAUCAUCUGGUGGACACUCUCCACCAGUGAAUCCAACUCGGAAGUUAAACCUGUUGCGAUGCUAUGCGGUCAUGGUGCACGGAUUGCUGAUCUGGCUAUUUGUCAUCCUGUUGUUUCUCUAGAUGAUAAACGAACAGACAACUCUAGUAAUGAUGCUACCAGUUAUGGUGCCUUGUUUAGUGCAUGCUUGGAUGGUGUGUUAUGUGUAUGGAGCAGAGGUAGUGGACACUGUAGAAGAAGAAGGAAACUUCCUCCUUGGGUUGGAAGUCCAUCCAUUAUUCGCACCUUGCCCACAAGUUCACGGUAUGUAUGCAUUUGUUCUGUUGAUGCUGCCCACUCAUCACCUGGUCAUUCCACUUCGGUGGAAGGGAGCCAGCCUCAAGUGGAUGAGGAUGUUCACCAUUCAAAACCCACAAAGUGUACCGUAGUAGUUGUUGAUUCAUAUAGUCUUACGAUUGUGCAAACUGUAUUUCAUGGGGUUCUAUCAAUUGGGCAAUUAAAGUUUAUGGACAUAGUUCUCUCAGGAGAUGAUGGAGAGACCCAUUCUGUUUUAAUGGCUGACUCAUCUGGAAAGGUGCAAUUGGCUCCUAUUCUAAAGGAUUCACCCGCAGAUAGUAAGGUAGAGACUGCCAUGGACAAGAAUUUACUGUUUGAGGAAGCUAUUUCAGGGAAUGGGUUGGGUGAAGGAGGAGAGGUUGUCUCGGUUGCAACUCAUGGAAACAUUAUGGCUCUUGUUUUACAAAAUUGCUGCUUAUUUAGGCAGUUGACAAACAAUAUCACCAUAGGGCAAAUAUCUUUUGUUGACCAGCUGGUCUUUACUGAGGGCAAUCAUGUCCACUCCAUUGUACUUGGGGGUACGUUUCUCAAAAGUGUAGAUAGUCCUGGUCUGCAGUGUAACCAGGAUAACUUUCUUGAAAACUUUGUUGUAUGGAACAGUGCAGGUGCAGCUAUUGUGUACCUUGUGUCAUAUUUGGAUGACAUAUUCAAAUGUGAACCUCUCUGCAAAGUUCCUGGUGCUUCUCAUGCAGUUGAUACGAAGCUAAUGAUAUCUUUUGUUCAGUUAAAGGACCAUCUUAUACGAUUUGAAUCAGUUUGCUUUAAUGUGGAGGAGCCUCUGCAUUGGCAACCCCAUUUUACUGUCUGGUCACUGUUGGAUAAGCAAGGUGAAAGAGCAGAAUGGUCCAAAAAUUGCCAAAAAUGUGGAGAAAGUGAUCCUUUUUCUGGUUGGAUCUCAGGUUCUGACUCAUUGUUUGAGCUGAAUGGCUGCGAUGGCAGGAGGACUCCAAAAAAAAUUUCCCAGACCUCUAGCCCGAGUUUCAAACCUGAAAAGGAAUUAAAGGAUAAACAUACAGGUAGAUCCAUGCUUGAGGUACAAACUGUGUCUUCUUCCAUGGUUAUAUCUGAAAACCUUUUUGUUCCUUAUGCCAUUGUAUAUGGGUACUUCAAUGGUGAAAUAGAGGUUGUACGCUUUGAUAUGCUUCCAGCACAUGAUCUCCAUAAUGAAGAACAGAGCCUGCAUCAUGAUCCUGAUUUAUGUGCAUCCAGACAAUACUUCACAGGACACACAGGGGCUGUGCUGUGUUUGGCUGCACAUCGAUUGCGGCGUCCUUCAGAUGGAUGCAGUUGUAACCAAGUUUUAGUUUCUGGAAGCAGUGAUUGCACUAUUCGCAUUUGGGAUCUUGAUGGCGGAAACCCCAUUAUUGUGAUGCAUCAUCAUGUUGCUCCUGUACGGCAGAUAAUUUUCCCUCCUGCCCAGACAGAGUAUCCAUGGAGUGAUUGUUUUCUCUCUGUUGGAGAGGACUCCUGUAUUGCUCUUGCUUCCCUUCAGACUCUUAAGGUAGAGAGAAUGUUUCCUGGGCAUCCUAGCUACCCUGAAAAGGUAGUGUGGGAUGGUCUGAGAGGUUAUGUUGCUUCUCUUUGUCACAAACAGUCAGCAACAUCACAUGCAGUUGAUGUUCUCUAUAUCUGGGAUGUCAAGAGUGGUGCACAAGAGCGAGUCCUUCGUGGAGCAGCUUCUCAUUCAAUGUUGGAUCAUUUCUGCAAAGGUAUCAGUGCAAGUUCGACAUCUGGUUCCUUUUUGAAUGGAAAUACUUCUGUGUCGGCAUUACUAUUUCCUAUAAUUGAAGACGGGAGCUUUUCUCCAUCUCACAGAAAUCAUUCAGAGAAGAAGCCCUUAUCAUAUACUGUGCCAAAUAGAGCCAACCCUGCAUCUUCUGAAGGACAAGAGAAUAAACAGUCUACUGCAAAACUAUCUCCAACCAAGCUGUUUCACUUCCAAAGCAACAAGCAUCCAAUCAGAUGCACUUGUCCAUUCCCUGGAAUCGCGUCCCUGAGUUUUGACCUUUCAACAUUGAUUUCUUCUCAUGACAAGCAGUUAUCAGUAUCAGUAACCAGUGGUAAUCAAGAACACAGGAAUGUGAAAGAACAAGAAAUUCCGAGCCCUCAACAUGUAUCUGGUCAUGAUGGUUUCGAUAAGGGUUCAGUCUCUGCUGAUCCUGAAGAUGAGCACAACUGGACUAGGUCUCUGGAAGUGUAUUUGUUGCGAUUUAGCUUGUCAUUUUUGCAUUCGUGGGAUAUAGAUAGCAACCUUGACCGACUGCUAAUAGCAGAUAUGAAGCUAAGAAGACCGGCCAAUUUUAUUUUGGCUUCUGGUUUGCAGGGGGAUAAAGGGUCUUUGACACUGACCUUUCCUGGAUCUAGUGGUGUCCUUGAGAUGUGGAAAUCAUCUUCGGAGUUCUGUGCUAUGAGAUCCCUGACUAUGGUGUCAAUUGCUCAACGCAUGAUUAGUUUGUCUCGGUCAAGUUCAGUGGCCAGCAGUGCCUUAGCAGCAUUUUAUACUAGGGGUAUUGCAGACAAAGUUCCAGAUACAAAGCCACCUCUACUGCAGCUUCUGGCAAGUUUCUGGCAAGAUGAAAGCGAACAUGUCCGUAUGGCUGCACGUUCUAUAUUCCACUGUGCUGCUUCUCGUGCAAUUCCACUUCCUCUAAGUGGUGAAAAAGCUGUAGACCAUGCAAGGUUUCUGAGAUCUUUGAGUGGAAAUGAUUAUAGUCAAGUUCCCAAUGCUUCCAAGUCGACUAAUGGUUCGGCUUCCGACAUGUUACCUGAAGCAAGAACAAGUACAGAGGUUGAAGAGCAUUGUGGGACUUCACCUGAUUCACCUCGGAUUAGUGAAACAGAAAAAUCUAGAGUACUUGCAUGGCUGGAGUCCUUUGAAGUGCAGGACUGGAUUUCUUGUGUCGGGGGAACCAGUCAAGAUGCAAUGACGUCCCAUAUAAUUGUUGCAGCUGCAUUGGCUGUAUGGUACCCUAGCAUGGUGAAGCCAAGUCUUGCAUCCCUUGUUGUUCAUCCUCUAAUAAAGUUGGUCAUGGCCAUGAGUGAAAAAUAUAGUUCUACUGCUGCAGAGCUUCUUGCUGAAGGUAUAGAGAGUACAUGGAAGGCAUGCUGUGGUUCUGAAAUAGCACGUCUCAUUGGGGAUAUUUUUUUCCAAGUAGAAUGUGUAAGUGGAACCUCAGCAAAUCCUGCAGUGGGUUCACCUUCCAUUCUAGAGACAUUAGUUGAGAUUCUUCUUCCAAGCUUAGCAAUGGCCGACGUUCCAGGUUUCUUAGCAGUGAUAGAGAGUCAGAUUUGGUCCACUGCAUCUGAUUCACCUGUUCAUCAGAUAUCACUUACAACACUGAUGAGGGUUUUGCGUGGUUCUCCGAAACAAUUGGCUCAGCACCUUGAAAAGGUUGUUACGUUCAUUCUGCACACAAUUGACCCCAGUAACUCAGUGAUGCGGAAACUUUGCCUUCAGACCUCUAUGACAACCAUAAAGGAAGUUGCACGUGUGUUUCCUAUGGUGGCCUUAAACGAGACAUCUAGACACUUGGCUGUUGGGGAUGCAAUUGGCGAGAUUAAUAAUGCUAAGAUUUCAUUAUAUGAUAUGCUAAGUGUGGCAAAGAUCAGAGUUUUGGAUGCAAGUGGGCCUCCUGGACUUCCAAACUUGCUGUCAGCAUCUCAAACAACAGUCACCACUUUAGUUUCCGCUCUGAGCUUUUCCCCUAACGGAGAGGGACUGGUGGCCUUCUCCGAACACGGUUUAAUGAUCCGAUAUUGGUCGCUGGGAUCUGUUUGGUGGGAGAAACUGAGCAGGAACGUUGCCCCUCUCCAGUGCACCAAAGUGAUUUUUGUUCCUCCCUGGGAGGGAUUCUCACCUCAUAAAUCCAGGUCCAGCGUAAUUGCAAGUAUAAUGGGACAUGAUACAGAUACCAAACUGCAGGAAAACUCCCCUAGAAGUGGUGUUGGCGACAGUCCCAGACCAUUGAUGCACAAUUUCGACCUCUCUUACCGAUUAGAAUGGGUCGGUGACCGUAAAGUAAAUCUUACAAGGCAUGGCCAGGAGUUAGGCACCUUCCCACUCUAG